GUGUCUAGUUUGGGGCCGGGAUGCGGAGCUCUUGACUGAGCGGGUAGGCCAAGCGGAGGCUUCAGGGACAUCGGCCGCGGCGCAGAAGAAAACCAGCCCGGACGCUGAGGACGCUGUCAUGUACGGCGCGAGCGGAGGCCGCACCAAAACCGAGAGGAAAAGCGGCGCGAAGGAGGAGACCGGGCCCGGCGGUGCCGGCGGUGGGGGGAACCGAGUGGAGCUGCUGGUCUUCGGCUAUGCCUGCAAGCUGUUCCGAGACGAUGAGAGGGCCCUGGCCCAGGAACAGGGACAACACCUCAUCCCCUGGAUGGGGGACCACAAGAUCCUCAUCGACAGAUAUGAUGGGCGCGGUCACCUGCAUGACCUUUCUGAGUACGAUGCUGAGUAUUCCACAUGGAACAGAGAUUACCAGCUCUCCGAAGAGGAGGCACGAAUAGAGGCCCUGUGUGAUGAAGAGAGGUAUUUAGCCUUGCAUACGGACUUGCUUGAGGAGGAGGCAAGGCAAGAGGAAGAAUACAAGCGGUUGAGUGAAGCACUGGCGGAGGACGGGAGCUAUAAUGCAGUGGGAUUCACGUACGGCAGUGAUUACUAUGACCCAUCCGAACCCACGGAGGAAGAGGAACCUUCCAAACAGAGAGAAAAAAAUGAGGCUGAAAAUUUGGAGGAAAAUGAGGAGCCUUUCAUUGCCCCAUUAGGACUGAACGUGCCGCCUGAUGUGGAGCUGCCACCAACAGCCAAAAUGCAUGCCAUCAUUGAGCGCACGGCCAACUUCGUGUGCAAACAAGGUGCACAGUUCGAGAUUAUGCUGAAAGCCAAGCAGGCCCGAAACUCUCAGUUUGACUUUCUACGCUUCGAUCACUACCUCAACCCCUACUACAAAUUCAUCCAGAAAGCGAUGAAAGAAGGACGGUAUACGGUACUGGCAGAAAACAAAAGUGAAGAGAAGAAGAAGUCAGGCGUCAGCUCUGACAAUGAAGAUGACGACGAUGAGGAGGAUGGCAGUUACCUGCAUCCGUCCCUCUUCGCCUCGAAGAAGUGCAACCGCCUGGAGGAGCUCAUGAAGCCUUUGAAGGUGGUAGACCCUGAUCACCCCCUUGCAGCACUGGUCCGGAAAGCCCAGGCCGACAGUCCUGCCCCCACCCCACCCACGGCGGAUGGUGCAGCCGUGCAGCCCUCCCAGGUGGAGUACACCACUGACUCAACGGUGGCAGCCAUGUACUACAGCUACUACAUGCUGCCAGACGGCACCUACUGCCUGGCACCUCCCCCUCCAGGGGUUGACGUUGCCACUUAUUACAGCACCCUGCCUGCCGGGGUGGCCGUGUCGAGCUCCACCGGAGUGACUGCCACCGCCCCACCCCCGCCAGGGACCACGCCCCCUCCCCCACCAGCCACGGCGGAGACAAGCAGUGGGGCGACCUCUACCACCAUCACCACAAGUGCGCUUGCUCCCGUGGCCACCAUCAUCCCCCCGCCGCCCGACAUCCAGCCUGUGAUUGACAAAUUGGCAGAGUACGUGGCCAGGAACGGCCUUAAGUUUGAGACCAGCGUUCGGGCCAAGAAUGAUCAACGGUUUGAGUUCCUGCAGCCGUGGCACCAGUAUAAUGCCUAUUACGAGUUUAAGAAGCAGUUCUUCCUCCAGAAAGAAGGGGGUGAGAACGCACAGGCUGUGUCAGCGCCGGAAGAGACUCCUGCAGAGUCUGCUCCUGAAAAGCCGAGUGAUGUUGGGGAAGAUAGUGCGUCUGAAGACGCAGCUGACGCAGGGGGAAGAGGUGUCUCCUCCGGGAAGAAGGAGGCGUCAUCCAGCAGAGCUGUCCCAGACGGGAAGCUUGUGAAAGCUUCAUUUGCUCCAAUAAGCUUUGCAAUCAAGGCCAAAGAAAAUGAUCUACUUCCCCUGGAAAAAAAUCGUGUUAAGCUAGAUGAUGACAGUGAUGAUGAUGAAGAAAGCAAAGAAGGCCAAGAAAGUUCUAGUAGUGCUACAAACACUAACCCGGCAGUUGCCCCACCCUGUGUAGUUGUUGAGGAGAAGCGGCCUCAACUUACCCAGGAGGAGCUAGAAGCAAAGCAAGCAAAGCAAAAGUUGGAGGAUCGACUGGCAGCUGCUGCCAGGGAAAAGCUGGCCCAAGCGUCUAAGGAAUCAAAGGAGAAACAGCUCCAAGCAGAACGUAAAAGAAAAGCCGCUUUAUUUUUACAGACCUUAAAAAAUCCUCUGCCAGAAGCAGAAGUCGGGAAAGUUGAAGAGAGUCCUUUCAGCGUAGAGGAGGCUGGUACCGUGCCCUGUCCUCUACUGGCUGGAGGCAGACCUCUGCCAACUUUGGACGUGAAGCCUCCAGAAGGGCGCUCGAGCCGAAGCAAAGACCCGCCGAGAGAAGAAGAGAGAGAGAGGAAAAAGAAAAAGCACAAAAAACGGUCUCGAACAAGAUCGCGGUCUCCCAAGUAUCAUUCGUCGUCCAAGUCCAGGUCUAGGUCUCACUCAAAAGCAAAGCAUUGUCUUCCCAGUGCCUAUCGGACAGCGCGGCGCUCGAGGUCCCGGUCCCGGUCCCCUCGGAGACGAGCGCACUCCCCCGAGAGACGACGGGAGGACAGGAGCGUCCCCACCGCCUACCGGAUGAGUAACAGCCCUGGAGUCAGCAGGAAGCGGACCCGGUCCAGGAGCCCCCACGAGAAGAAGAAGAAGAGACGCUCACGGUCACGGACCAAGUCCAAGGCCGGAUCUCAGCCAGCCUCCCCGAGCAAGCAGCCCACGCGCCGCCACUCGGCCAGCAUCUCUCCUGUGGAGAGCCGGGGCUCCAGCCAGGAGCGCUCCAGGGGAGUUUCUCAGGAAAAGGACGGUCAGAUCUCCUCAGCCAUCGUUUCUUCUGUGCAGAGCAAAAUCACUCAGGACCUCAUGGCCAAAGUAAGAGCGAUGCUAGCAGCUUCCAAAAACAUGCAGACCAGCGCCUCCUGAGACACGGGCCUCGGGCGACCGGGCUCCCAAAGCCGGCAGAGCAGAGCCCCGACCUGCACAGACCAUCCCCCCCGGGGCUCCUGGACAGUUGGCGGGUUUUGUAAAUUACUUUUUGAUGACAUUUUCAGUUUAAGAUUUUUGACCAGCAGUCUCUUACCUGUAUAUUUGUAAAUAAUAUCAUGUUUCUGUGAAAAUGUAUUAUCAAAUAAAAUGGGAG